AAUAACGAAACAAAGAAAGGGCGCGCGUGUGAUGUGUUUGUUUGUUUGUUUGUCCUCAGGGUUUUUCUAUGUUCAGUGUUUUAUUGAAUGUAAACACCGUCUUGUGUUGAGAUGUUGAUGAUAAGAGAUGAGAUGGAUGUGAUGUGCUGUAAAUCAGUAGGAACUGAUCUGUCUAUGCUGGAUAUUGAGGAUUUCAUCACAGAAAUCUCUCAGCUGAAGAAAGAGGUGGCGUUACUGGAGACAAAGCUGAGGUUAAGAGGAGAUGAAGGACUGAAGAGAGAGGAUGUGGAUUGUUGUGAAUCUUCAGUGUAUUUGACUGAUGGACGUCUGGAUUCAGUGUGGAUGAGCAGAGAUCAGAGCCGCACACCACAGCCACUGCUGGACUCUAAACUCUCUGAAGAGAAAUCCAGACACACACAGAACUCAGAGCUCAGUCUCACUUUACUCGGUUAUACUGAGUUAAAGCCCACAAACACUCAGGACACUACAGUGUGUGACAGUAAACAGAGCUUACAGGAGGAUCAAACCUCCACAGAGUCUCUGGAUUUUGUCUGUAACGCUGGAGAACAGCAGCAGAUCCUGCAGACCACACUGAAGAUGUGUUCAGUUAAACUGGAGGACUGCAGGAACCUGAUGAUGAAGAUAAAAACAGAACCCACAGCAGAUGAAUAUGAAGACAAUCAUAAUGGUCAGGAGUUUAUUAUCUCAGAUGUGAAGAGUGAAUCAUGUUGUGAUGGAGAAAUAACGUCCUCAACAUCAGAAGAGCGACUGACAGCACAAACUCAAGAGAAGAAACUUCAUUCAGAAGAGCAAAGAGAGACGAAGAAGAAGCCAUUUAACUGUGAGCAAUGUGGGAAGGAUUUUGAUUACUUAUUUCAGCUGAAAGGCCACAUGAAGGGACACAGUGGUGAAAAACCUUUCUACUGCAAUGAUUGUGGCAAUUACUACAGCAGCAAAAAAAGUCUUCGUAUGCACCAGAGACUUCACACAGGAGAGAAACUGUAUGAGUGUCCUCACUGUGAGAAGACAUUCAACUACCAAUCCAAUAUGAAGAAACAUGUGCGUUUACACACCAAUGAGAGACCGUAUGAGUGCAGUCAAUGUGGAAAAACCUUCAAACAGUCAUCCUCUUUAAAGUCACACGAAAAAACACACUCUCAAGAGAAACUCUAUCAAUGUUCAUACUGUGAUAAACGUUUCAUUGAUAAAUCUAAUAUGAUAGUUCAUCAGAGACUUCACACGGGAGAGAAGCCUUACCUCUGCAGUGUUUGUGGGAAGAGUUUUAAUCAGCAUAAAAAUUUAGUGGUACACCAGAGAACUCAUACAGGUGAAAAACCUUACAAAUGCUCUCAGUGUGACAAGACAUUUACUCAAUCAAACUCCUUAAAAAUCCACGAGAGAAUUCACACUGGAGAGAAACCUUGCGCCUGCUCCCAGUGUGGUAAGAGCUUCUCUAAUCCAGGUUCUUUGAGUUUUCAUCAGAGACUUCACAUUGAAGAGAAACCUCAUCACUGCAGUGUUUGUGGAAAGAGUUUUAAUCGGCGUGAAGGUUUAGUGAGACACCAGAGAACUCAUACAGGUGAAAAACCUUACAAAUGCUCUCAGUGUGACAAGACGUUUACCAUGUUGAAUUACUUAAAAGUCCACGAGAGAAUUCAUUCUGGAGAAAAACCUUACGUCUGUUCUCAAUGUGGAAAGAGCUUCUCUAAUCCAUCAUGUUUUAAAAUUCAUCAGAGAGUUCACACUGGAGAGAAUGAACUUCAUCACUGCAGUGUUUGUGGGAAGAGUUUCAAUCUGCGUCAAAGUUUAUUGAGACACCAGAGAACUCAUACAGGUGAAAAACCUUACAAAUGCUCUCAGUGUGACAAGACGUUUACUUGGUUGAGUUCCUUAAAAAUCCAUGAGAGACUUCAUUCUUCAGCUUCUCUGAUCAAUCUCAUUUCAUAGUUUAUCAAAGAGUUCACACGGGAGAGAACCCUUACCUGUGCAGUGCAGUGUUAAUUUCGUUGACGAACCUUUUUCACGGACAAAACUAAAUAAAAAACUAAAUAAAAGACAGAUAUGAUGACGAAGACUGUAACGAAAUAUAACUGACACUUUAGUCAACGAAUAAAAAUGAGACGAAAAUGUUAGGGAGGGACGAAUGCAGAAGAGAUCCAAUCAGAGCUACUCAUUUUGUGGGACAAGUUGGGAAGAAAUCCAAUCAGAGCGAAUCUUUGAGGGUAGGUUGAUCUAUGCAGGCAGCAGAGGCAUUUUAAAAACCCGCGGCAAAGUUUGUUUUCAAUUCAAUUCAAUUCAAUUUUAUUUAUAUAGCGCUUUUCACAAUUUGGUAAUUGUAUCAAAGCAGCUUUACAUAAUAGAUGUAGUGAAAAGCACAGAAAAUCGACAGAUAGCAUAACAUAAUACACGAUAGCACAAGCAGCUAAAUUUGCUGUGGCUAUAAAUCAACAUUAUAAGCAAACGUAUUACUAAUGUAACGUUUAGAAGUUAAGCCCAAAAAGGCUGCCUCCCCGGGUUGAAAAACCCCCUAGGAGAAAAAAAAAAACCCCGGAAUUUUUUCCGGGGAAGUAAAAAAAAGUCCUAGGAGGAAAAAACCCUUGGGAGAUAUAUAUAUAUAUACACAUUGAAACGGAAGGAGAUUAAGCGGAGAUUAAGCGGGUUCUGCCGGUGGGCUUUGGUCAGGCAUCAGCUGGACAUCACGUUGAAGAACAGCCAAUAGAUCAGAGGUGUGCCGACUUUCACAUUUACCGGAACUGGAUCUGUUUGUCUUAUUGUCCUCGUGAUCGAGGACGAGACAGGGAGAGAGAAACAAAAUCUUAUUAGCGUAGGGGCCGUUCACAUAAAAAGCAAGUGUCACACAGUAAUGUGGAUUUUAGUCAGCUCGGUUCCGGGCAGGCUAACUAUUGCUGGUUAAGUGUAUUACAUAUAGUUGAUGAUUUUAGAAACAGAGCUCGUUUGACUAAGGCCAGAGGCCCCACUACCGUCGUUAAUACUAACGUACAGUGGCAAGCGGUUCUGUAUGACAUACUAUUUUUAAGGCCAGGGGAAAAGGCCAAAAAUUGCAAACCGACCAUAUUUGGCAAUUAAGACUCAAUUGACAACCAAUGCAAAGUUUCAGCAUAUUACUAAAGAGUAUUAAUGACAUUUACCAUGUUUUGGAAUGUUGACGAAAAAAAAGGUUUUAAUUUAUUCAUAAAUUUAUUUAUUUAUUAGGUUGUACAAGCUAGCUAUUGGGAAAUAAGUGUAUUACAUAUAGUUGAUGAUUUUUAGAAACAGAAACAGAACUCGUUUGACUAAGCCCAGAGGCCCCACUGCCGU